AUGAUUGUACCAUUUGUUUCGCAAAUUUCUUCAUUGGCAAUAAGGCCAUACGUCGAUAUAUUUUUUCAAAUUGUUGAUGUUGAUAAAUUAAAAAAUAUACGAUCGCUAAAGUUACUAUCCAUAGAGGCAAAUGACUUUAAUCGAAUAUUUUCACACGUAUUUCCAAAAUUAACAUAUGUUGAUAUACAUUUAUUCUCACGAGGAAACGAAAUACUUCAUUUGAACGGUCAAUUAUUCUCAUCUCCAUUGAAAAUAUUUCAAUUUCGGCUACUCGAUCGAGAAUUAUCAUUUUAUAAUUUACCUGCUCAUUCUUCGAUUGAACGCGCACAUUUAAAUGUUUGCAAUAUAAACUAUAUUACACCGUUAUUGUAUAUUUGUCAAAAUUUGUUAAGUUUAGAUUUAAUAACACAUAUUGAUGCACCGUUAACCGAUAAUUUUUUUCAAUCAUUACCGAAAUUAAAAUUCUUAUGUUUGACAUUUAAGGAUGAAGAGUCCCUUGAACAUUUUUUUUAUUCAUGGACAUCUUGUUCAUAUUCAUAUUCCUACUCCAACGAUUUUUGUAAUGAAUCUCAUGUUUAUCUCAACGAUAUUUAUCUCAUGACAAUGUUAGUUUUCAGAACACAAUACAAGAACCGAGCGAAAAUCUAUACUAGGCGAAAUAAUCCACUUUUGGCUAUUGAAUAG